GAGCGAUCAACCGCAGGUCAGGGUCUGAGGGUCCAUAGGAUCAAAAACUCUCCACAUUCUGACAGACUCUGAUAUGCAGCCUGCAGAAACUUUCACUCUUUAGAUUUUAUAGUCAGAUUCAACUGGAUUUUAAGGAAGCACGUCAAAGAUAAGGAAAGAUGACUAAUGAACCAUCAGCUAUUUGUUUUAUUUAGCACAAUUACCUCAGAGGCCUUCGAAGAUGUUGUGCUCUCGUUUGAGCCCAUCUUCAUUUCACCUCUCGCCACUGAGGCUCCUGGGUACCGCAGCCUCCAGGACAGUUGGGUUCAAACAGGCGGAGCUUCAUCCCACUGCUCUGAACUUUGAGGAUCCCAGCGCCUUCAGGGUGAAGAGUUUGAGAGAGCUGCUCCGGGCUUUGACCGUCUUCCGUCUUUGCUCAUUUCCAGUGUUGGUCAACAACUGUGGAAAGCUUAUGUCCACAGCGCGCAGCAUUCUCGGAAGAAAGGCCUUCUCCUUGCUGCUGCGGCCCACAGUUUACGCUCAGUUUGUAGCCGGCGAGAACGAAAGCGAGAUCUCUCAAUCCAUGGAGAAGAUGAGCCUGUUGGGACUGAGGCCCAUGCUGGCUGUCCCUAUGGAGGAAGACCUCGGAGAGAGCACCGGGGAGAGACGGUACGACGACAACAUGGCGAUCAUGCUGGAGUGUGUGCGGAUGUCCCACAGCAACGCCUGGUGCAAAGACCCAAUGAUGCAGCUAAAGGUCACGGCUCUGCUCAACCCAGAGCUGUGUGUGAAACUCACAGCCGUCAUUGCGCAACAACCGUACGAUCUAGAUCUGCUUGUCAGAGCCAUGGACGGAGAGCACGUUACCUUCCCUGGUUUGGACCAAAAAGAGGGCACUCACCUGAUGCACGGCCUGCAGAGACUUGACAAAAUAGCAAAGGCAAGUAUAAAUAACGUUCGAGUCCUGGUGGAUGCUGAGUACACAUACAUGAACCCCGCCCUGUCUCUGGUCACCAUGGCGAUGAUGAAGAAGUACAACAGGGAUAGUGCUUGGAUUUGGAACACGUAUCAGUGUUAUCUGAAGGAGUCCAGAUCUCUGCUGUUGGAGGCUCUGAGUUUGUCCAAACGGGAAGGUUUCUGUUUGGGCGUGAAGCUGGUGCGAGGAGCUUACAUGGACAAAGAGAGGAAGCUGGCGGAGAAAGAGGGACGCGUCGACCCAAUCCAUCAAAGCUGGGAGGACACCAAUGACAGCUACAACGGCUGCUUGGAUGUGAUGCUGAGGACCAUUUCCCAGAAUCCUGAGCGCUACCGGAUCAUAGUGGCCUCACACAAUGAGGAGUCAGUGAGACGAGCUGCCAAACGCCAAACUUCAAACCCUCCUGGUUGUUGGUAUUCCAUCUCCAGGAUGGAGGAGCUGCACAUCGACAAAGACCGAGGCUCGGUGUGUUUCGGUCAACUGCUGGGCAUGUGUGAUUAUGUCUCCCUCACACUGGCUAAGGAGGGCUACGCCGUGUACAAGUCGGUGCCGUACGGUUCAGUGGACGACACCAUCCCUUACCUGGUGCGCCGGGCUCAGGAGAACCGCACGGUGCUGCAGGGAAUUCGCAAAGAGAGGGAUUUGUUGAGGAGGGAGUUCAAACAUAGAGUUGGGGGGAUUCUGAGGGGGGGGGGGGGGGGUAGCUAAUGGAAAAUAAAAGUGGGGUGGAGAUAACCAAAUCUAGUAUGUGGGAAUGAUGCUGAGAUCAAAAUCUAGAUGUAGUAAAAGCUUGCAAAGAGUACAAAUCUAUGAAAUGAAAAUUUUUAGAUUAACUUUUUAAAACAUACAAAUACCUUAACUGUGGUUUUACUGGACAUUUUUGAAUUUGGUGGACAAAUUGUUCUGUUUCCAUUUUUACGCAACAGAUAUCACAAGAAUUAUGUUUACUAUUACGUGGUUACACAACUAAAGAAGUGGUAUAGAUUCUGAAAACUUACAAAAAAAAUCAAGAAAGUCUCUACUUGAAGCAUCUUUUUGUAGUUUUGAAAUAAAUAAAAAAAUAGAAUAAGCCCCC